GUAGUACACGUGGAUGAUAUCAAACCUUAUAUUGAAGAAGACAGGGUAUUAUUCGACAACAGAAGGAAGAGGACACACAUACCGUUAGGCGAUGAAAUAGAGUCAAUUAUCGAGAAAAGAAAUAGAAGAUAUGGUAAAGGUUCAAGAAUUGAAUAUCGUAUUAGAUUCAAGAAUGCUUCAGAAGACCAUGAUAUAUGGGUUCCACUCCAUUAUUUAGACGAGGUUGCUCAACUGGUUAAAGAUUUUGAAAAGAAAUUAAUAGAUUCAGGU